AAUCAUGACCUCAAAUGGUAUAAAAACAGAUCUGCAGAAACAAGUAGCUAGCUUAGACUGUGAGCUGUAAACUACAGUUAGUGACUGACUUUGGAGACUGAACGCAACGAUUCUUUCGAAGGAGUAAAACGAGAGCAGAAAGCCAUUUAAAAGUUAAGCUGUCAAGAGGAAUCACACAAAAUGAAAUUCCUACUGACAAUUCUUGUCGUGAUCUUUGUCUCUUCAUCUGCCGAGGACAUGCUGAAAGAGCUUGAUGAUGAGCUAUACCUUGAUCUGCUACAGCAAGAAGGCACAAAGGAUGGUACAGUCAAAGCCGAUGAUAUUGUAGGGAUGCAAUGGAAUGACAAGAAGGACGAUGGCCAAAACUCUUCGAGCACAACAUUCUGCAAAGACAAGCCUAAUGGCAACUACCCCAAUCCUUUCAAAUGCGAGGGUUUUAUCAUGUGCUCCAAUCAUCUCACCUACUUCUUCGACUGUCCCUCCAUUCUACAAUAUAACCCAAAGACGGAUCGCUGUGAUUGGCCAAGGAAUGUGAACUGUGGACCCGCACCACGCCCUACAAACACUCCCCGCCCACCUAAGCCUUCACCAUCAAAUUUCUGCAAGAACAGACCCAAUGGAAACUACGUCGAUCCAAACAAUUGCAAUGGGUUCAUCAUGUGUUCCAACCACCUCACUUAUUUCUUUCACUGCCCGGCAAAUUUGAGAUACAAUGUCAAAACUGACCGAUGUGACUGGCCAAGAAAUGUGAAAUGUGGGCCAACACCGCAACCAACGGGACAACCAACUAAAUCCCGACCAACUGUCACUCCUUCACCUUCAACCUUCUGUAGAAACAGAGCAGAUGGCAACUACGUCGAUCCAAACAAUUGCAAUGGGUUUAUMAUGUGUUCCAAUCAUCGGACCUACUUCUUCGACUGCCCGGCAAAUCUGAGAUACAACGCCAAAACAGAUCGAUGUGACUGGCCAUGGAAUGUAAAGUGUGGACCCACACCACGCCCCACGCGUCGCCCCCGUCCUCCCACGCCUUCGCCUUCAACUUUCUGCAAGAACAGACCAAAUGGAAACUACGUCGAUCCAAACAAUUGCAAUGGUUUCAUCAUGUGUUCCAACCAUCUGACCUACUUCUUCGACUGCCCGGCAAAUUUGAGAUACAACGCCAAAACUGAUCGGUGUGACUGGCCGAGGAAUGUGAAGUGCAACUCUUUGAGCGAUGACAUCAGCUCUGACACAAACGCCCGCCGAAGCAAAUUUUGCAUGAACCAUGGAAACGGCAAUUAUCGAGAUAUUACCAACUGCGAGGGUUACAUCACUUGCUUUAGAGGAUACAUGUUUUACCGUGAAUGCCCUGGUACCCUAAGAUUCAAUCCCUUGACAAGACGAUGUGACUUGCCAAGGAAUGUGAAAUGCGCUGGUGCUGGUGGAGGAACACGUGGUAGUGGAUUCUGUAAAAAGAGGGCAAAUGGAGACUACAAGGAUGUUCUUAACUGCAAUGAUUUCAUUAAGUGUUCGAAUGGUUAUACCUACUAUUUUGAUUGUCCUUCUGACCUGAGAUUCAACGAGAACACCGACAGAUGUGAUUGGCCAAGAAACGUCCCAUGUAACUACUAGUAGCCAGUAACGAAGUUUCACAAAGUGAAUCCUUUGUCAAGGCAACGUAGUAGAACAGCAGAAUCCAACGUACUCAAAGAUACAAUUGUAGUUGAACCGUAACAUUAAUUUUCCAGUCAGGAACGACUAUGUUUUGAUAAUAUUAUAAUUAAGUUUUGUUAAAAUUGUCAAAAAGCAUUUUGAAAAUAAAGCAAAGCUAUUUUUAAGCC